AUGUCGAUGACAGACUUGCUCAGCGCGGAGGACAUCAAGAAGGCCCUGGGGGCCUUUGCCGCUGCCGAGUCCUUCGACCACAGGAAGUUCUUCCAGAUGGUGGGGCUGAAGAAGAAGAGCGCGGACGACGUGAAGAAGGUGUUCGAGAUCCUGGACAAGGACAAGAGCGGCUUCAUCGAGGAGGAGGAGCUGGGAGCCAUCCUGAAGGGCUUCUCUGCAGACGCCAGAGACCUGUCUGCCACAGAAACCAAGACGCUGCUGGCCGCAGGCGACAAGGAUGGGGAUGGCAAGAUUGGGGUGGACGAAUUCUCCACUCUGGUGGCUGAAAGUUAA